CACAACUGCAAAAUAUUGACACUGUCAACCUCGACACGUCAAAUCACCGAUCUUUCAUUCUACCAACCUGUUCCAGGUCUCUCACGAUUUGAUCGCUAUCCGGCAAGAUGUCUGACAUACCCAAAAAGCAGAACACUACGGGUGCGCCAACCCCUCAGAAUACUCCCGCGAGCCAGGCGCCCAUCAGUUCUCACGCGCAACAGCCAGGAGUUAGUACAAUCAAAGAAGAGGAGUUUGACCGCGCUGCAGCAGCCUCUAUCUUCGCCCAAAAUCCCAAAUUGGUCUCCUUGAUUCAAGGUAAACUUGGUUCUCUCGUUGGCCGAUCAUCUGGAUACGUUGAGAGUCUCCCUACGAAUGUUCGUCGUCGAGUUGCAGGCCUGAAAGGUGUCCAAAAGGAGCAUUCAAAGUUGGAGGCCGAGUUUCAAGAAGAGGUUUUAGAGCUGGAAAAGAAAUACUUCGCCAAGUUUACUCCUCUUUAUCAAAAGCGAGCUACCAUCGUCAAUGGCCUCGCCGAGCCCACCGCCGAGGAAAUCAAGACCGGUGAGGAAGAUGAAGAGGAGCAGGGCGAGGCAGAUACUGCUGAGAAGUCAGAGGAGGUAUCUGAUGUCAAGGGUAUUCCGGAAUUCUGGCUCUCUGCCAUGAAGAACCAUGUCUCGUUGGCAGAGAUGAUUACCGACAGAGAUGAGGCCGCUCUUAAGGACCUGACCGACGUCCGAAUGGAGUAUCUUGACAAGCCUGGAUUCCGCUUGAUCUUCGAGUUCGCCGAGAACGACUUCUUCAACAACAAGACAAUCACAAAGACCUACUUCUACCAGAAUGAGAGCGGGUACGGUGGUGACUUUAUUUACGAUCACGCUGAGGGAGACAAGAUCGAUUGGAAGACUGGCAAGGAUUUGACGGUACGGAUUGAGAGCAAGAAGCAACGUAACAAGAACACAAAGCAAACCCGUGUUGUCAAGAAGACCGUCCCAACCGAGUCAUUCUUCAACUUCUUCUCUCCGCCAAAGGCACCAACAGACGAAGAUGACGAUGAUGCUGCUUCGGAUAUUGAGGUACGUCUGGAACUCGACUAUCAGUUGGGAGAGGACAUCAAGGAGAAGCUCAUCCCACGUGCGAUUGAUUGGUUCACUGGAGAGGCCCUUCAAUUCGAGGAGGUGGACGAUGAGAUGGAGGAGGGUGACUUCGAGGACGAGGAUGAUGAAGAAGAUGAUCUUUCUGAGAACGACGACGAGGAAGAAUCAGAUGAUGAUGAUGACGCGGCCAAACCCAAGCAAGAGGCUGCCGAGUGCAAGCAAAGCUAA